AUGAGUAAAGCCUCAGCAUCAGACAUGGAGUUUAAGGAAGAGGCGUCAAGCGCGGCGUUGGCAUCGAUAAGCGUGUCCACCAAGCUACCAGAAUUUUGGACAGACUUGCCAAGGCUAUGGUUCGCACAAUUCGAGUCUGUAAUGGCCCCACAGAAGCAGGGUGAAGAGACCAAAUUCAACUUGGUCAUAUCAAAGCUGGGAAAAGAGGCCAUUCAGCAGGUCAGCGACCUCGUGAUGUCACCACCCGCCCAGGACAAGUAUACGGCGCUUAAGGAGAGACUGCUGCAGGUUUAUGAAGAGAGUGCUGAAAGACAAAUGCAGAAGUUGGUGUCGGAGCUGGAGUUGGGUUCGCAAAGACCCUCCCAGUUUUUAAGGCGCAUGAAGGAUCUGGGUCGCAGCGCACAAAUUUCGGACAACACACUUAAGAGCCUGUGGUUGUCGAAGAUGCCGUCAUCAGUUCGAGCAGUCAUGGCGGUUUGUGAAGAUCAGUCUCUGGACAAGCUGGCGGCCAUGGCAGACAAGAUUACUGAAUACACCAACGUCGGAGAUGUGGCAGCCGUGUCAUGCAAGAAGGCAGCAGAUGGACAGCCGGACGAGCAGAUUGGAGCUGGAGGUUGCAGCGCUCCGCGCUGA